CUUUCGUAGUCGUUUUGUGCUGCUCGACGCUGACGCUUCUUUUGGGAUCUGUGCCACCGAUCCGACAACGACGAUAGACGGGAUUUUGUGCAGUCGGCGUUCGGUUGUCGGUUUGGAGCGGCUGUUGAGUGCAACAAACGGCUUUUUUGUUCACACCGUGCGAGGAUGCGGCCGUGUGUGUGCGUGUUGGCAAGAGGCAACCGGAGGUGCAAUGGUUGAUCCAAUAAUGGGUUGGAAAAUUUAUUUCUAGUGGAAAAUCAUUACUCUCGUGGGCAAAGCAAAGUAUAAUAAAACACGAAAAAAAACUUGAACAAUCCACUUACAGCGGAAAGUGACCAACGACAGGGGGGAGUGGAAAAACAAAAGCAAGAGUAUAAAUAAACAUCCAUCAAAGUGGAGAGAUGUGCGGUUUUAGUGAUUGAGGAAGACACAAACGGGCAGCAAAGCAGCGCUUCGCAUUAAGAGAUCAAAAGGUGUCUGCCGUGUGCGUGUGUGUGGUGUGGGAGUUUCCCCCCCUACCGUUUUUCCGAAGGUAGAGAGAGAAGAUGAAAAUGAAUUGUUAUGAUAAUUGAUUCUGAAACAGAACGCAGCAACAGCAACAAUAACAGUGGUAGUGACUGGCAGCAGGCGACGGUGGCACGUGAAAAGCGACGAAAAACAGAAGAAAAGCAGCUUCCGGCACUGCAACCGAUCCAAGUUUACGGCGUGGACGAACCCGAGGGACAUGUCGAAAGAUUAAUUCUUGAAUCAUAGCGGCGAAGUUAUCAACUACAUCAUCAGCAUCAGAACAGCUCGUCAAAAAUGACCAAUCAGCAUUGUAAAGAUCGAAAGUCCUGCUGCAUUGAAUUAACACGACUCAACCCGAAACCCCAUUGUAACGAGAGCAUGACGAGUUGAAAUCACUUAACCGGAAUAAAAUUAGAAGUCAACAAUGGAAUUCCUGAAAGCGGUCCAGAACGGGCUCUACGAGACCGUCCGCGCUUCGUUGUCCAAAAUCGACAUCGACCAGCAGGAUGAAAGCACCGCGAAUAGUGCCCUCCACCUGGCGGUCACCUCCACCCGUAACAAAACCAAACUGAUCGAGCUACUGAUCGGAGCCGGAGCGGAUUGCGAUCUGAAGAACCGGGAUGGGUUGACACCGUCGGAGUUGGCCCUAUCGAAGGGUGCCCGCAACGUAGCGGAGUUUAUGGUGCGUAAGGAGUUCGAAGGUGUGCCCGAUGAUCGGGCCGUGUACCGGCUGGUGCGGAGGGGAUGCGUCGAGUUGCUGCGAAUCUAUUUGGAGAAGCGUGCGUUCGAUAUUCACACCAAGAUGAAACUGAUCGUGCGGGCGGUGGACGAGUUGGGCGUGAAGCGGGUGACGUUGGAGGAACAGAUGAAGGUGUUUUUGGAGUAUCAGCUGGUGGAUUAUAGCUACCGGUUUGGGGCGGUUGGGGGAAUGUGCGGCGCUAGGAGAAAGGCAGACCAAGGCGAAGACGACCAAGAGGCUGAGAAGCGGGUGGAGAUGAUAUUGAACUGUACCAAAUAUUUGCGGGAGAAUUAUGACGGUGAUGAUUUGAACGAUCUUGAUGACAAGUUCGUGCUGAGAUUGCGGAUAAUAUGCGAGUGCUGCUUCUUUCUAGAGGACAUCGAGGCGAGACGAGAGCGCAAGCUGUACACCCACAUCCCCCUCUCGGAGAUAACCUACUUGAUUGGAGUAUUUUUAGCGAUCUUGGAGCGACACGUAGGAUUCGAGAUUUAUAAGCUUGUUAUUAAUAAAAAUAUGAUUAUGUCGUAUUUGGGAGCGGUUUGUGACGAGCUGCGGGUCGAAACGGUAGGCGGACCGAGAAGGGGGAAGGACAACUCGUUCCAAUGGACUGCGCAGCUGUUGUUGGAUCUCAUUGGGUGCAUCCGUGAGGAGCGACUGCUGAGAUACAUCGCCCGGAGGAAACGGGUGAACGAAGCGUUAAAUCGAAUAGGAGAAGCCGGUGGUGGCGGUGGCGAAGGCGUCGAGCUGUCCCCGGUUGACAGAGAGGUGGUAAUGAAUGAACUCCAACGAAAAGAAUUUCAAACGUCACAGGAGGGCGUGCUGGAACGCGAUGGCAAAUGGUAUGUGGCGGAAUUUGUCAGCUAUUUAAAGUGCGAGCGAAAGACAAUCGCUGCUCUUUGGCACCAACGGCAUCCGAAGCUCCGCCUUCAGAAGAGACAGGUGCAGUUUAUAGUCAGCCGAAAAGUGUUGAGCAGAAUCAAAUCUCACAACGUUGGUGAGUUGAGUAAAAAUAAAAUGAAGAUCGUAGAGAAAGAGGUGAACUCGCACGAGUUCCAAGCGCUUACCAAAACAAUUAGCCGGCGGAGUCGGCUAAUCUUCCGCCGGAUGCGGAAGACAUUCGAUCAGAUCAAGCAAAUGUACACGGUCAAAAAGAUCGCUCACUACAUUGAGAAUGUGAUUGUGAUCGACGCGGACGAUGAAGCGAAUGAGUCGCUCUGUAUGCUGGCGAUCAAGCGAGUGCUUCAACUGAUCGAUCAGUCUAUAAGGAAUGAUCAUCAACAUCCCGCUUUCGUCAAAGUUCUAGAAAACGUACUCGAUCAUGUGCUGUCUUCGACGCAAUCGUCCCACAAGAGUAAAGAUUUUCGGGAAUUCUUUUCUCAAAGGUACUCCCUCGCGAAGUACUUGAUCAACAAAUCACUCGAUCUGAGCCACUUUAAGUUGAUGCAAGACAGCCUCCGGUCUGUGUAUCGAUUCUUCCUUUACGUGAUCAACAUACAGCUGAUCGAGGCCUACAAAACCUUCCUGGGAAUCGCUUAUCGACUGUCCAACCUCGCUCAAAUCAAAUCCUUCGCGAAGUAUGUGGGUGACCACAAUCUCCACACGCUGAGCCACAUCCAGUUCGAUCAUGUGUUCUACAACGAGGACGACACGGCGAGCAUCAUCUACGAGCUGAAGAAAAUGUACACCGGAAUGUCGAACGAACUUAAGCUGCUGUCGUUCAUCGAGAAGAACAUCCACUUCCGGUUCUACCACAUGCAGUACCACCAAACGCGACUCCGAGUGACGUUGAGCAGCUUCUCGGUGGUAUACCGGGCACUGCGGGCGAACCCUUGCUUCGAUAGCGUCCGGCGGCUGCUGUACUCAUACUUGCACCAAAGCUACCAGAAGUAUGACAUCUCGAAGUCGAUCUCGAUCUCGGACUCAACGCUCGCGUUGAAGGAACUCCUGCGGCCCUACGGGAGCGUCCACGAGAACGAGGAGACGCUGGCGGUUGUGAAGCACCUCGAGCAGCUGCAGGAACUGAUGGACCCGGAUCGGCUGUUUGGGAUUGCACCAGUGCGGAGUGGCGGCGCCGCGAGGGGGGUAGCGGACGCGACAAGGUAUCAUCAGUUCACGAGGAAGCUGCUGGAGGAGGUGGGAGUGCAGCUUGGGGAAGAGGACUUCGGGUUACUGCACGAUCGUUUGGGGAGGGCUUAUUACGGGAAUAUUUUCGUACUGCAGAAUCGACACCGAGUGUUGGGGGAGUUCUUCCGGCAGCGGGAUAUUCGGGUGGACGGGAAGCGAUUGGCUGGUUGUCGGGAGCAUGACGAGGAACAGCUCCAGGAGGAGUUCGACGCAAAAGUGAACGAUCUGGUUCGACUGUUGGAGAGAUUCGGUUGCUUGAGUGUGGAAGGAUUGAUGGGUUCGCUGUCGGAAUUACCACCGUUUGUGCAGAUCGCGCUAGAGUUUGGACUGCUGGAGUUGCUGGAGAUUCUUGUGGCGGUGAAUGCACUUGGUAGUAACUUUCAGGCACUGAAAGGGCGCGCACCGGUGCUGAGUGGGAGAAAUUUGAAAAGCUAUCUAGAGCGAGAUUCGCUAGUGAUGGAUUUGCUGGUGUUCGGUUCAAUGGCGACCGUUUAUUUAAACGCACUGAUCUUCAAAGAGUAUGGAUUCAAACUGUACGGAGGAGGUGGGAGUCAGGUCCCGGAGGUCCCCGUUGAAAUCGUUGGAUUGGAGGAUAAGUUUAGGGAACGGUGGAAGUGGUUCGAGAUGCAGGAGAUUUUGUACGAUUCGGUACGGAUGGGUGAUUUGGACCUGGUGCGGGAGAAUGUGAGCAAUGGAUCGGAUCUGCGAGGGAAGCGUUUCGGCCCACUGGUUCUGAAGGAGCUGUGUCAAUACAGCUUGAUAGAUUGUGCCAUCGCUGGUAAUUUUAAGGAUAUGAUCGACAUGUUGAAUCGCGAUUAUAGCGAGAUUAGUGCGGAAAGAGUGCGGUUGCUAAAAUACUUAUUGAGAAGGACUGUGAAGUCGCACUUUUUGGUCGGACAAUAUUGCAAACUAAGUCCGGAGGACAGAAAGAUGCUAGUGUUGUAUUUAUGCGCGUUUUUGGGCGACGUUGGCUUGUUCCUGAGAAACUUGGAACGAUACAACGCCUACGAAGAUCUUCAUCUGUUCGUCAACUCGGAGAAUCAUGAUUUCGUCAGCCAAGUGAUUCGAUGCUCGAGUGGAUAUGACUUCAAUAAGUGCGACUCAAAUGGAAUGACGAUUCUGCAUAAGCUUGUAAACUCUGGAAAUCUACAAGCGGUUGAAUCAUUGAGCCGAAUAGCUGAUGUAGAUUUCAACGCCACUAACAGUUUGAAGUAUUCCGCGUUGAAUUUGGCCUGCAGACUGAAUCUACUGGAAAUUGUCAAAUUUCUCGUCGGAUUCAAAUCUAUCGAUAAGAAUACGAUUAGUGAGGACGAGAAACUACCCGUCUUCUGGCUGAUCCAAUAUCAAAACUCGAGAGAGAUCAUUCAUUUGGCGGUGGAUCCGACCACAGAGCUAACCUCCUUCUCCAGCGAACUUUGUUUACUCCACAAAGCGAUCGAAUUCGACAAUUUGGACGUCGUUCGGUACUUGAUCGAGGACAGGAAGGUUGAGCCAGCUCGGAUCUACUCAAACUGCAACAAUGUGCUGCACGCUGCCGCUAGCUACAAUCGGAUCCACAUUCUCAAUUAUCUGUUAUCGCUGCCGAAUAUCCGGAAGCUGAUCAACAACACCAACCUGGUGAAGAACACCCCGCUUAACAUUGCCUGUAAGGAGGGUUAUCUCACGGUAGCGAAAACUCUACUCCAACACAACGUUCGCACGGAUACCUGCGGAGAGUAUGGACUCAAUCCGUUGGCCUUCGCAAUGUACACCAACAGUUUCAAGUUGAUGAAGCUUCUCUUUCAGCACGGAGCUAAGAUCAGUUACCCACUGAGCUCGGACUUCCAGCCGAUCAACAUGGCAAUCUUGAACCGGAACAUCCCAAUGCUGAAAUUUCUGCUCAAAAGCGGCGUCGACGCGAACAGCGCACCCCUCUGCUUCAUCAACGCGGUCUACUCGGGCUCGCGGGAGAUCGUUCGGAUUCUGUUCAGCGCUAAAGCGACUUACGUCAACUACAAGGACGAAUUCUGCCAGACAGCACUGCAUCUCUGCGUGGAACGGGACGAAUACGAGAUCGCUCGGGAGUUGCUCAAAUGCGGAGCAGACAUUAACGCAAAGAACCGUUCCGGAACCACCCCCCUGCACUUGGCGGUGCAGGGCGCUAACGUGCGAUUCGUGCAGCUUCUGCUCGACCACCGGUGCUUGGUGGAUGAACUGAAUUACCACGGAGAAACCCCCCUAAUCAAAGCGGUCGUGUGCAAUAACCUAGAAAUUAUGAAGCUCCUGCUCAACAACGGCGCCAGUGUCGAGCGGUUGCGCAACAGCGAUCCACCGGUUCUGCUCUAUCUCGUGCAGGAAAACCACGAAGAGAUUCUCGACUAUCUGUUGGAGCACUGUCACUUCAACCCGAACGAGCAGGAUGCCCAAGGGAACUCGCUGCUCUACAUAGCCACGCAGCACAACCACGUGGACCUGGUGAAGCUGCUGGUGGACAAAUACCACGCCAAGGCCAACCCGGUCAACCACAAGAAGCUGACGCCACUGAUGCUUGCCCGGGUGAAAGAGCACACCGAGAUCUUCAGCUUCCUGGAAUCGCGGGUGGCUGAGGAGUAAUCUGUAGACUAUAGGAAAAAUUGUUUUUAAUGUAAUAAUUGUUCAACGCCUAUUUAUUUGAUAUUUGUUUUUUUUUCUCGCGCAAACUAUUUAUUAUCAUAACACAAUUUUAUGUGCCAUAUCUUGUAAGAAAUUCGUUGUUUUUGUUUGUUUUUAUUUUCCCCAUCGCAGCGAGAUGAAAAAUAAAAUUAGAAAAAUGUCACGAUGUGAAGAUGUCAUCCUAGAUGAUGAAAACGCUAGCUGUAAGAUAGAAAAGCCUAGUUGUGAUUUGGUGUAACGUUUUUAUUCUUUUUUUGUACAUUUGUAGCUUAGAGUACGAUGAUAAACGUUAGUAAAAUACUCAUCCUUCCCUUCUAGAAUGUAACACAACUGUAUAUAGCGAAGCUAGUUCGAAGAGGGAGUGACGAAUCGAUUUGUCGCAGACAUUCCAGAAAAACAGUUCAAAAUAAUCCUUCGUGUCAUAUUUUCGAGUAGAACUAACCCGUUAACCCAUGUUCCCCCUCCCUUUUGAAACGAACAAAAGCGAACAAAUCGGUUCCCGGCUUUCGUUUUUCACAUAAACAAUGUAAACAACAACCUUAAACAGUGUACAAGCUUCCACCCAUAAACCGCUUAGUUAAGAGUCGGUCAGAUUUCACCUUUUGCUAGUUGUUAGGCUAGGCUAAGGAAACCUCCCCUCAAUGAUGUCAUACAAACAGCAAUGCAAAUUUAGUUGUAACGAUCGAUUUUCCUCUUUGAUAACGAAACACAUACACACACAUAUUGUAACUCGUAUGUAGGUGAAGGUAAUUAUGUGCCAAUUAUACACUGAUGUAUUCCUGUCCUCCUAUGCUUCAAUGGUGCGAAUCUAGCCUAGGUUGACUGACAGCACCCUAGAAACUUGUUUUGUUAGUUCAGUUCAGUGCUGUACAAAAACCCUUCAAAAGUGAACGGAAUCCCACAAACCGGAGUAACGUGUGCUAUAAUAUUCAUUGCAGUUAUUUUAUUAUAUAUAUAUUUUUUUUGACAAAUCACAAUAGAAUCAUAAAGCCACACACAUACACAGAGAGAAACAGAGAAAGGAGUAGAGUGUAAUACGUUCAAAUCUUAUGUACCUUUUUUACCGUUUAAUGAUAAAAGUAAGUAAAUAAAACAAGCAAUCAAGCAGCUAGUUUGUGUUAGAACGAAAACUCACCCCCGCCCCCAACUCUUCCCACAAAAACACUAGCGAGUACUUAAGAUAGCGAUAGUCCCACAUUUUCAUGUAAUUGUACCAAAAUCGGCAUUACGAGUGUCCACGAGGCACGAGUGCUCAUAAUUGGAAGGAAAACAAGGCAUUGAUAAGGGACGAGGUGGAAGCAAAUCAUUUGCACGAAAUUGCACGGCCAUUGCAACGGAAAACGUAUUGUGUCAUGUAAGGUGGUACAAAUAAAGUGUAUUUUUGCGAAAAAUUAAA